AUGCCCAUAGCUACGAGGAGAGCCGGCCGAUGUGCUCUCUGUACAUUCAGGAUCUCGGAAUGGCUGGCUCCCGCUGUCCGCAGCCACGAUGGGUGCAGGUCUUGUCAUGCCUGGGGUAUAAAUGACCCGCACCACCUGAAGCUCAAGGGGGCCAGGUUCAAAGAGAUGAUUGCGAACUGUGUAAUACUUGCCAAUGAGAAGGAUAUUACGGAUAAGGAGAAGAAUCCUCUUUUCUACAAACUCCGCCAUGCCUUCAUCCAUUCUGAUGUUGGCGGCCUUGCUGCGGAGAUGAAGUAUGCCUUUAUCAAUCUGGUGGUAGGGGAGAAUUUUUCGGCUCAAGACGAUGCGAAUCAGAAAAGAUUGGCAGAUCUGAGAUAUCCUAUCGAGUGGUACCCAGCUACGAGGAUGAUGCAGCGGAAGAUACAUUUGCAUGUUGGCCCGACCAAUUCUGGGAAAACCUAUAACGCCCUACAAAGGCUCGAGGCCGCAGAGAGUGGGAUCUAUGCUGGACCUCUACGGCUAUUGGCCCACGAAGUCUAUACGAGGAUGAACGCGAAGGGCAAGCCUUGUGCAUUGGUGACUGGCGAGGAGCGCCGCUUUCCCGAAGGAUUGAACGCAACGAUGAGCAGUUGCACAGUUGAAAUGGUUCCCCUAAACACCAGGGUCGAUGUAGCGGUUAUUGAUGAAAUUCAAAUGAUGGGCGAUAUAGAUCGUGGCUGGGCUUGGACGCAAGCGCUUCUCGGUGUGAUGGCAAAAGAAGUCCAUCUCUGUGGUGAGCUUCGCACAAUACCUCUGAUUAAGGAACUUUGUGCGGCAAUGGGAGACAAGCUUGAGAUUCACACAUACAAGCGGCUCAGCCCUUUGAAGGCUAUGCCGAACAGUCUCAAUGGCGAUCUAAGACAACUUCGGAAGGGCGACGCCAUCAUCCUGUUUUCUCGGGUCCAAAUUCAUGCCAUGAAGAGGGAUAUUGAACAGGCGACUGGAAGACGCUGUGCUGUUGUUUAUGGGUCACUGCCACCUGAAACUCGGGCUCAGCAGGCCAAUCUCUUCAAUGAUCCUGAUAAUGAUUACGAUUUUCUCGUGGCGAGUGAUGCUAUCGGAAUGGGGUUGAAUUUGAGCAUCAAGCGUGUCAUUUUCGAAGCGACUUCGAAACACGAUGGCUCUGCAUUCAAACAGAUGCAAAUCUCAGAUAUCAAACAGAUAGCUGGUAGGGCAGGAAGAUAUAGGACAGUUCGGGAUGCCGUUGAAAAAGGACCCAACGACCUCACCGAUGGCGAGCCCGCAGAUACCAAAGCACCUCUUCAGCUUCGCACAUCACGACCCAGUGAAAGCAUCGGCUAUGUGACAACUCUUGAGAAGUUCGACCUUCCUAUCGUCCGUUCGGCCAUGGAAACUGAAGUCGAGCCCCUCAAGACCGCCGGUAUCUUUCCACCGGCCAGCGUCCUCACACGUUUUGCUUCUUACUUCCCCUCGACAACGCCAUUCUCCUAUAUCCUUCUCCGUCUUCACGAAAUUUCCUCUGUCAGUUCACGCUUCCAUCUUUGUCGUCUAAGAGAGCAAGUUGACAUUGCCGAUCUUAUCCAACCUUUUCGGCUCAGUAUCAGCGAUAAGAUGAUUUUCAUGGCCGCUCCAGUUAAUCUCCGCGAUCCCGGCCUUCCAGCUGUGUUGGUAGAACUCGCAAAAUGCGUCGCAGACCAAUCAUCAGGCCACAUUCUCGAGCUCACGACUCUGAAGUUAGAACUUUUGGAUAUAAACCCAACCGAGUAUAGCAAAGGAAGUGCCCAAUAUCUUAAGGAGACGGAAGCACUUCAUAAAGCCAUUACAUUGUAUCUGUGGCUGAGCUAUCGAUUCACGGGUGUAUUCUACAGCCAGCAAUUGGCGUUCCAUAUUAAGGAAUUAGUGGAGAAGAAGAUUGACGAGUGCCUCGCUCAUGUCAACUGGGAUCAGGCGAGUAGGGAGAGGAGGAGGCAGCAGAGAUUGAAGUUAGCAUUUGAACUCUCGAAGUCGAAAGAAAGACGUAUCUACAUCUAA